AGUUAUAGCCCCUGAUCCAUUUACCUCUCUUCAAUUCAAAAAAAUGGCAGCUUGCAUUGAUCAAUCCCUGGUGAGUAACCCUUUAUGCAAGUUUUCCAAAUCGUGCAGACCCAGUUUCACAAAUCUUGUUUGCUGCAAGAACGAGCAAAAAGAUGACAUCUUUCUAAAAAUCAGAGAGGAGGCUCAAUCUGAUAUGAAGCAAGAACCCAUCUUGUUCUCUUACUAUUAUGAAUUGAUAUUGUCUCGUAAAACCCUCGAGGAUUCUUUGGCAUGUCAACUGGCCACCAAAUUGUGUAGCUCCAGUCUUUCCAGGGAUGUCCUCAUGGAAGUUCUUUCUAGGGUUCUGGGGGAAGAUUGCGAAAUCAGGGCAGCCAUAAGAGAUGAUCUUAAGGCUGUGAGAGAGCGUGACCCUGCUUGCAUUAGUUAUGUUCAUUGCUUCCUGAAUUACAAGGGGUUUCUGGCAUGUCAGGCUCAUAGAGUGGCGCAUAAGUUGUGGUCACAGGGGAGGACGGUCAUGGCCCUGUUGAUUCAGAGUCGGGUUUCUGAGGUUUUCGCUGUUGAUAUCCAUCCUGGAGCAAAGAUUGGAAGAGGAAUAUUGAUUGAUCAUGCUACUGGAGUCGUGAUUGGUGAAACAUCAGUGGUUGGGGAUAAUGUAACUAUUCUCCAUAGUGUGACCUUGGGUGGAACAGGGAAAGAUUCAGGGGACAGGCAUCCGAAAAUUGGAGAUGGGGCGUUCUUAGGCGCAGGAGCUAAAGUGUUGGGGAAUAUUAAAAUUGGAGAAGGGGCUAAAAUUGGUGCAGGGUCUGUGGUUUUGAAGGAGGUCCCUGCGAAACGUACAGCAGUGGGAAACCCUGCUAGAUUAGUUUGAAAUAUUGAAGUAGAGCCGUAGAAGUUAAAGCGCAAUAACCAAAGAUGAUGAUACUGUUUUGUAUGAAUUGUUUAGGUGCAAUUCAUCUUCUUGCUUCUUAUGUAUUCUUUCAAUACUCAAUCCAUUUUCUUGUUUCUUCUGUUUCCUGGAAGGAAAAAGUGUCCUGCAUCAAAUGGCCUUAAUUCUGCAAUCUAGAUUAAUUUAAACCUUAAAACAGGAGACUCUUCCUCGAAUUCUUGAAGAGAUUAAACCAGAAGAUCUAGACAUGACCGAGAGUUCUGGGGCCAGUGUGAGAAGAAGAAUGACCUGUUCUUGAUUCCCUCGGUUUAUACUCCAGCCAAGAGUGGAGCCACAAAUUGAUGUCAGGGGAGCGAAUUGCUGUUAGGGUUCGUGUAAUGAAUAAAAUUGACAUUCAAAU